UUAGUUCAGAGACAACAAGGCUGUCGCUGGCUUUCUCUAGGCUCUGAGGCCUGUGUCCGACUAGUCUAUGACGUCAACCUCCCUUUGUCAACCAGGCACACGAGUCCACGAACAAAGUGCAGACAAUCUUCAAACUUAGAUCCCUAACAUUCAGAUCUCUUCGCAAUGGACGACUGGCAGGACGCCGCCUUCUCGACACGGCAUAUGCACAACCGCACUGGUCGCAGUGGGAAGUCCAAACAUACGAGCGCGUUCGACGUACACAAAACAUUCGCAAGCUAUUCAGUCAAAUGUCCGGCAUGGCAAAAGGCCUUGGGCGCAACAGGGGAUGCGCAACGAGAACAAGAUGCAUCGCUGGAGCUGUACCGCUUGACCGAAGGCGGCGAGGGUGUUGUGGGCCAACUAUCUUUACCGGGCCUGUUACAAGUGUCAGUCAUCUUAGCUGGCAGUCGUGACAGUCUUCGACGAACGAUUGCAGAAAUAGAACCAGAUGAGCCAAACGAAGAGGAAGAUAAUGACGAUGACGAAGAAGAGAGCGACAAUACCGAGCCUGAGUCUCCCGAGAGGAGUCGCUUUGAAACAUUCGAAAAGAACAGCUUCCGUUCACCAAAGUUUUGGUUCCGAUGGAGCGGCUGCCCUACAGACUCCAGCCACAAUACGUCCAAGGCGCCCGAACAUAACGAGACAGAGCUUGGGUACAUUGUCUUCUCUGGAAACGACUGCCGCAAGUUCAAAGGCACAAUCAACUGCACAAGUCUAAAAUGGAAGAAUGUAGCCAUCACCGGUCAUAAGCUCGUGGCACGAUCAUCAUCCGAUGCACAAGUCACUUGGGGAAAAGCGGGAGUCUUGGUAUAGGAGGCUACUAUUGACUGAUAGCUAGCAACUGGGUUAUCCACCAAAUAUCAGCAAACGCAUCGCGAAGGUGGUCGCGAAACCGAUUGAGCGAGAAGCAAUCCGUAUCCCUACAACCUCCUUCCACAGGACCAGGUAUCAGCAAUAGCUGAUCGACGCUAUUUCGAGU